UUAAAAAAAAAGGGAAAUAAAACAAACCGCCAGAGCUUAGAGUUUGAGAUCGGAUCCGAGUGGAGAUAGAGAGUGAACAGUCCCUCCUGUGGCAGAGUUUAAAUUAGGAUGUAUAUCGAGGGUUGAUGCUUUUUGCUGCGUCUCCUUUCCGCCCCCCUGACUGCAACAAACCAAGAGCUAAAGCUCUGCUAGCUGGCUGUGGGGUUUUUUCUUCUUCAAAGAGAGGAAGGAAAAGAGACUUUUCUCCUCCCUUGUUUGUCUAAAAAACAGUUUUAACCUUACUGUGACAAACCAAAUAAGUGCUGUUUGUGUGUAUCGGGCUAUAAAUAUAUAAAUCUAUUUGCCUGGCUGAGUCCUGGGCUACAUUCACAUUGUCCGAGUGUUAUUUUGUUCGAGUGUAACGACUAAGUGAAGCAGCCAUUACACAAAACACAAAGUGGCCAAGCCACUCGGAUACAGAUCUGUUCAGCUCACAUGCACAGAAAGCCCUUAGCAAAGUGAUCAAACGAACAUUAAUAAAUAAAUAAAAUCAUUUUAUUGUUAGUCAAUGUGAAAAUGAAGGGGGGUUGAACAAGAUUAUAACCUAUAAAAUAUAAAAAUAGGUAAUCCAGUUUUACAUCAAUAGAUUAAUUCUGCUAAGCCUUCCUUUCAUUUAAUGUGUGUGGGUCAGCGACAUAUUAGCAUCAUGUUUUAUUUACAAUUUAACAAGAACGUUUAAACACUUCUGAGGGAACAUCAAACCGGCCCUGCCCAUCCCCCCACACAUUGCUGUGCUUCAGUCCCAGUCAUUUAUAUCACCUCAAGUGUUGUGUUUUUUUCAUGCCACGUCGUCGUAUCUCUCUCACACAUGCACGCAUUUCCGUACUAUUUGAACAGUGUUUGUUUUGUGAGUGAUCUAACAUGGUGGUGUCCGUACAUUUUGUGUGUGGUUGCAGCGGAGUGGCGCAGUUUCAGGUCGCAGCCGCCAUUUUACACUCAGUAAAACACACGAGGAGCUGCUGCUUUGUGUUGUGUGAAAACACUGAGGACAAGCGUGCAAAGACCCCUAAACAAUCCACACACCCUACGUUACCAGCAAUUUCCCCUUGACCAACAGCAUACUUAAAAAAAAACAACAGUACAAACAAUUAUUGUUUAUACAAUUAAGGUGUCAUGGAUGAUGAAGACGAUCGCCGUCUUCUGGAUUUUAUUGGAGAUGUACAAGCUCUAAACGACUAUCUUCAUGGCUCCAAUACCAAAUCGAUAGAAGAGGAUGACCUGACAAAUGCAGCCUAUGAAUCUGCAACCUCAUUUUUCACAAAUGAAACAAGUGGCUCAAAUGAAGGACUUAAAGAUGGCCAUAAUCAUUUGGAAGAGUUUGGAGAGGCUGGUGAUUCUGGACUCUCCAGUAGUCUUCAGUUUAUUGAAGAUGAGCUUGAGGGUAGCGUCUCCCCAAGUGGUGGGGUUGACCUUGGUAGUGAGGACCAACCUUUUGAUAUUUUACAGAAGUCUUUAUUGGAGGCAGAUAUCACAGAGCAGACUCUGGCCGAAGAAGCAUUGUUGGAGUCUCAACCAGCUUUGUGUCCUGCCACUGCAACUUUCCACCAGCAGCUAGUUUCUGGAGGUGUUUCAGGAGCUGGACUAGUGGCUCCAAUGCCUGUAGCUGGGGCACAACCUCAGACUUUUAUUCAGCAAGUUCCCCAGCUGCCAUUGCCAAAUGGACCAACAGGACACAUUCAGCUCUCAUUAAGCUCUCUUAAUGGAAGUACUCCCUCCAUGAUGACUAUCAAGAGUUUGGAGCGGCCUCAGAUUCUCUUGAGGCCUGGUGGAAACACGGUGAUGGGCAGUGCUGGGCAGGGUACAUCUUUCGUUCCUUCUACACCAGGGCAGAUAUCUGUUCCCUUUAAUAAAGGGCCGAUACAGCUUCAAAAUAUUAUCAUUCAGAGAGGCCCUGUACCACAGUCUUUAGUCAGACCUAUUCAACCUAAGGUUCUCCAGACAGGUGGACAAACUAUGUACAAUAUAAGCAACCUGGGGAUCCAAUCCCACAGCACUACUGUUGCAAACCCAGUUAAUACUGUUGCGUACACAGCCAAUGGAACUCCACAGACUACCCAGCAGGUAAAGGUAGUGAGUCAGCCCACCAGCAUUGUAGUCCAUUCUCCAUUUGGACAGCAAGGACAACCACAGGUCCAGGCCAAUCUUCCCCAGGGGCAGUAUUUGCUGCCAACUGGCAGCACUGUUCAUGGACUUCAGGCGGUAAACGGCCAAGUGCUUCAAACCAACACUCACAUGGGUGACCCAUCCUUAACUAGCACUACUACAUACUCUAUCUUGACCAACCAGAAUACAGCUGUGCAGAUUAUUGCUGGGCAGAAUUUUGCAGCUGGUGGACAGAUGAUGCUGAAUCAAGGUAUGAUUAAUGCAGGUCAGAUGGGACAAGCCUCCCCUACAGGGGUUAUGCAGGUUGCUCAAAGGCCUGGUGUCACAGCCAAAGUCUGGGCUGCCAACCCAUCACCUACUCCAACAGCUGUACAGUCUUUGCAGGCACAAAAUCGUCUGACCAUGGUAAACUCCACAGGCCAGCCUCUCCAGACUCAUCUACAGAUAUCUGUUAGCCCAGGACAGCGUCUUUUGGUACCUGUGGCACAGAACAACACAAACUCUUCCCACUCAGCAGGCCAAGAUCUACAGUUUGAAAAAGAACAAGCACCAUUUAACCUGGAUUCCGCAUUAUCAAAACAGAAGGCUCAGACCCAGCUGGCUAACCUUCUUGAUAUUAAAGGUUUAAAAACUGCCAACCAGGAAUCCCAUCUCCUAACUACUUUAAAGAGACCUGCAAAUCAGCAGCUAAGCAGAGGAGAAAUGGUUCUUGAGCAGCUAAAGAUGGAUCAUAUUGGGGUUGUGUCUCCAGACCGUACCCCUUUCGCGUCACUGAAUGAUGUCCUCAACAGAUUGCUGCCCUAUCACGUGUUCCACGAGGAGCCACCCUGUGAGGAUGAUUUUGCCAAAGUGGAUGAAGAAUUUGAGGCAGUUUCCACACAAGUGGUAGUGAGAACACAGUCCAUGAUAAACAAAUACAGGCGUUUGCUCAUGGUGGAGGCUGAGAUGUGUAUUUUUUCACAGCGGUCCAGUCCCUCAUCAGAAAUAGUGAUGAUUGACAGGACAUUUAACCAAGAGGAACGGAACAAUUUGACUCAAGACAAACGAACGGUACUUGUAGACCCAGAUGGCUUUUUAGAGGAAUUCUGCUGUGGACCUAAGAAGUUAGCUUCAAACUUGGAGGCUAUGGAUUCACCUUGUAAUGAGGAGAUCCCAGUUUUGAUGGAGACUUCCCCUCUCCCAGACACACCACACAUGCAAGGAUACAAAGAGAGGACAGAAUGCCAUAUAAAGCCUGCUUAUAGGACAGACGCAUAUUCAGCUUUUGAGGAUCCAGGGGGUGGGGGGGGACAUGAAGAGACCUUCAGUAAAAGCAGCUUAGACAUGAAGAAAAAGCAAUCCAACAUCAUCAGUAGCAGCAGCAGCCAGCACCACCACUUUCACUCUGCCCACUACUCCACAUCUCCCAGUCAUUCACAGCAUAGUUCUGGCCAUUUUUAUCCCUCUGAACAGCUUCAGACAUUUGAACAUGGUCAUGUCCAACUCUCUGACACCGAUUCUGUGCUUGAAGCUGCAGUGAAUAGUAUAUUAGACUGUUAGAUUUUUUGGAGGGGUUUAUUAGAUACUCUCAGAAUUGUAAGUUUAAUCCUGCGACAUGUGAGACUGAAGGAUGUACUUCAGCAAAACAAAUGUUUGUGCACACAGUGUCCCCUUAGUACAUCCUAAACUGCGUAGAGGCAGUGGAAAACAAAAAAAGACUGUGCCUACUGUUCUGGAAACGUUUACAUGAGAGCCUUUUUGGACGUGCACCCACACAAAGCAGUAAGGUCUGAUGUUUGAAAAUGCUGGUUACACAUUUUUCAUGUGUAUGAUGUGUGUGUUACUGUCUGUGUGUAGCUUUGGAACAUAUCUACUCAUACAGAUGCUUUGAAUACUCUUGUACCAAGUUACACUCUCUGUGGAGGUUUUCUGUGUCUAUCUUAGUUUAGGCGUAGGCAGGUAUUGUGUCUGAAAAGACCUACUGUUUAUGGCUUAUAGCUGUCCUUUAUCUUUUUAAUAAGAUACUUGCAGUAGCUUAUGAUCAAAUAGGGCAUUUAAAUAUAGACACUUAGUUGUUUUAUUAUUAUUAGUAGUAGUAGUAGGAUUUAAUCUCAGUCCCACAUCCUCCUUGCACUGCACAUUUAUGUUUUCAAAAAAAUUGUUGGAAAAUUAACGGAAUGACUGAACUGGUUGAAAUCCUAAACUAUGCAGUCCAGGUGAGGAAUUGAAUACUGUUGUAAGACCAACGACUAUGCUCCUUUUUCUUUUAUUUAGCAUUUAGUUUUGUACCUUAAAGGUAUGUGAUCUCCUGCCCACAGAGACAAGCUCACUUUGAGUGUUUUCUUUUUCUGCAGGUGAAUCUAAGUCCUCAGAUUGAGGGUACGAUGUUACAUUCUUUUUGUGCUUUAUUCAUUUUUUUAAUGAUUUCUUUUUCUUUAUGCUGCUUCUAAGCUUGGAUAAAAAAACCCUGCUUGUGUGUGAUUGUAGGUUGCAUUUCUAUGAUUCCAGAGAGAUAUUGUCCCAAACAUUUUUUUUUUUUCGCUUGUGACUAGUGUUCCCUGCUGGUCAGGCUAUGUUCUCUCUUGUUUUCAAUUUUUAGCUGCAGAAACUAAUGUUUGCACACAUAAACAUAGUGUCUUUUAGACAACUGUGUUUUCUGCAGCUUGUCUCUAGUCCCUAUUUGGUAUUUGAUAAGUAAUUUGAAUACCAACAUCUUUAUAUAAUGUGGAGGAGACUUAAUGCCUUGCCUUCACAUGUUAUUUGAGAAAGAUUGACAAGUUACCCAUGUGGCCACCAAGUUAAUUUUACCAUGAGAACACAUUUUAAAGCCACACUCACAAAUUUAAAUGCUACUUUAUAUAAUUUGAUAUUAUUUCAUAGACUUAGAAUUUAAUCUUCAAUCAUCAUAUGUAUUAAAUGUUAACUAUAUAGAUUUCUACAUUAUAUUACUGCUAUGCACCAAACUAUUUUUAGAUAGAUUUUUUACUAGUUCUUUCUAGAAAUACAGAGCAGAACUGCUUAGAUCUUAUUAGAAAUGUGGUUCGUUAGAAAAAGGAAUUAUGGUGCAUUCAGAGAUCUAUCUGGAACUUUUAAGUGGCGAACUGGAUCCCACAUGCAAUUCAAUUACAUCCAAUUACAAGUUCUAAAAUUUCUGACUGUGGCUUUUUUUCUAACUUCUUAAACAAGUUAAUAAUGUGUUUAUUCAAACAACAGAAGUGAGACCAAUUCAGCAUAAACAGCAGUGAACGGUUUGAUACAUUUGUGUGUUGUUUUUUGUGCAUGUUUGUAUUGAAAGGUUGCUUGUGCCUAAAAUACAAUUUCCUUAAUCAGCAACACUAUACUGUAUAUUUUCUUCCAGCAGUUCAACCAAAUAUGAUGAACAAAUGAAGUUGUACUAUGAUAUGAUGUCUGUGAUCUGAGCUUAUGUGGGUGAAAGAGGUUCAGCCUGAAGACCUUUUUGUUUGAGGGGCUUCCUUGCCUUAGAAGAGUGUACAUGAAAACAAUUUGAACAUUAUUUGUUUUACGGUACGUGUGUGGCCUUCAGUUAAUCUUAACACCUUCAUGUUGAAAGUUUGAAGUUGUCACCAUGCUUGUAACAUUUCAUUUUUCAUAUAAAAUUUUAUUUGCAACAUUUGUUUUGUAUUAAAAAUUAAGAGUACAACAAAAUAUUUAUAAUUUUGUAAGAAAAGUAUGGAAAAUUAAACAAAAAGGAAGUUAUUUUUUAUGUUGCGUAUACCUUGUUUAUGUGAAAUCAGAAUAUAUGGUCAGAUAUUGAUUUACUGUUUAAUUUGUGCUCACAACAGAAAAGAUCAAUCAAUAUUAAAUUCACUUUGAAUACAACAGUUAACUUGUGGUAUAUGUUUCUUUAGUUAGCACAUCUGUCCCCUGUAGCAUGUACUACCAUACUGAGAUUGUGGAAUAACAUUGUUUAUUGUGUUUAAAUUUUAAAAAGUAGAAACAUUUGCUGU